AGACAAAUGAACCUACUUGCGAUGUAAUGUCGCGAUAUUCGUGACAAUGAAACAUUGCAGUUAUUACUUUUAUUACUGAAAUUACUUUAUUCUACACGAGUUUAAAAGUAAUUAAACGUUAUAUAACAAUCGACUGCAUAAAAAUAGACGAAAAAUCGUUACAUUGCCACGAUAUUAUCUCCACGCGAAAACGUAUUUUUAGUUACUAGUUACAUCAGAGACUACUGAAAAAAAUUUGGCAGAACGGCAGUGAAAAUACAUGAUGAUUUCAAAGUACAGAAGCGCAAUUUGUAUCUUUGGAAAGUACAUGCAGAAUAAUUCACCUUUGAUGUUAAGUCCUAUUAACUAUCCAUGCGAUACUUCUCAACAAGUUAGAAACAUACAAAAACAUUGGAAUCCAAAGUUUCGCAAACAAAGAAGAGAAAAGGUUAUUAAAAUUGAAUUGCCAGACAACGACGAUGAUAAUAUUGAUAGUGAAACAUUAUCAAAGGAGCAAAUGAGGUCAAAAAUGAAGAAGCAUGGAUUUGUACCAUGUAGAGAGUGGAAAGAAAGACCUGCAUUUAUAGCUUGUACACCUGCAAUAUUUGAAUCGUAUGUUGUUCCAGAAGGUGAUGGGAAAUUUUCUAGUAUCACUAAAGAGGGGGCAAAACAGAAAAUUGAAUUUAUACAGAAAAAGAGUAGAUCUUAUAUGGCUAUUAAAAAGAUUAAGUCAUACGAUGAAAAUUUCUCACCCCGUUUAUUUGAGAUAGAAGCACUGGAUAUUUAUAAAAAGGCACAUGAAGCUUUAGUCGCCAAAGACCAAGAUACAAUAUUACGGUAUGUUACGGAGACUGCAUAUCCUCAAAUGAUCCAUAAUAUGAUGGAUAAAACAGUUCACUGGACAUAUUUGGAAUCAUUGGAACCAGCACGUUUGGUGUGUGCAAGGUGUACAAAUUUGAUAACAAAAGAGAAUAUAUUUGCACAAGUUACUGUCCGUUUUCAUUCUCAACAGAUUUUGUGCAUUUACGAUAGAUUUGGAAGGUUAUUACACGGAAGCGAAAUAUUGAAAAAAGAUGUAUUAGAUUAUGUAGUGUUUGAGAAACAUUUGUCUAAUGUGUAUGGAACUUGGAGGAUACAUGGAAAAAUUGUACCAAGAUGGAUGCCACCGGAAGAGAUAGCAGCAAAGACUUAUGUAUUGCCGAAAGAAGAUGAGAAAUUAUCUUCAGAGACUGCUGUUGAAUCGGUUGCUCAGACAGUUCCUCCUGAAACCUUAGAUAAACAAACUAAGAACGAAAUCAGAUGA